AUGGUUGAUCCCACAGUAGACUCAAGAGGCGUUGUGUUCACUGGGGGAGGUCCUGCAACUCCUACAUUAGAUGCUAUUACGCAAUUCAUUUACGACAUCCUGGGGGAAGGCAAUGUGACCUUCCAAGGCAUCACCACAGGAUUGGACACAAGCCUGGAAUCUGUCAAGGUGUUGGUAGUUGACAGAUUAGAAGAGGUUGAUUGUGCGGGAGCACCAACAACCACCAGCCUGCCAUGUCUUCCUCUGCCUGAUGCUGAAGGUCCACCACAGGACAGCUUUGUGAUGGAGGCUCUUGAAGAAGAGAGUGAGGUGCCACCCCCCAAGAAAAGGCAGGCUUCUGUGUGGGACCAGCCAGAGGAGGAAGACGAAGUAACUCUUCAAAAGAAGAAAUUAAAAUUAGAUAUAGAAUGUUUAGAGCGCAAACAUAAGAAUUGCUAUGAUUACGUGGCAGGUUUUUUGAGGAUUCAGACGUAUUUCACCAUGGAGGGCGUGGAAGUGACGUUUGAGAAGGCCAAUACCCCUCUCCACCAAACACCUAGUCCUCUUAUAGGCUAUGUGUCAGUAGCCAAGGCUUGCAAGGGUAGCCUGAGUCUCCUAGAAGGUGACAUCCUCUUGGCAUGUGGUUCUUCAUGA